GGAAAGAGAGAGAAAAAAAUCCAAAGUAAACGGCGGCGGCUGUACACCGGCAGUGAGCCUGCUCGCUGUAGGGAGUGGGCUGUGACAUCCCACUGCCCUCGGAUGUGACAGGAGCGGUUCCUGUUUUUGUUGUGACGGUGUGCGGGAUCUGAUCAGGCGGUUGUUGGAAUUACAGUGAGCUACGCUGAGACAGCCAUUUUACCGACUGAGUUUCUUCUGAGGCUAAUCUUGCGACUUAGUAGAUACGCCUAUAUAAGUUUUAGAGUGCAUUGGACUCCCUUGGAUUUGGCAGCAGGCCAUCGUUACCUGAUGAAGUGUAUCUAGUUUACUGGAAUGUGGAAUUGAACAUUUGAAGCUUUCUACCUUCUCCUGAAACAGUGAUAUGCAGAUGGAAUAUGACAGCUUAGUGAGGCCUCAUUAAAAAUGAUUCAAUGAAAACGUGAGAAAACAGGAUGAAUGAAAGGGAGAAAAAAGGCAAAAGGCCAUCAGGAGAGCACAAGAAGUCUGUGAGCAUGGAAGAAAAAGAUGCCACAGUUUUCAGCAAUGAGACCAGAGGCAGUAAAGACAAAGAAUCUACUGACAGAAGGCCCGUGUCCAGUAGGGAGAAAGGGCGGGAUGAACUUAAAGCCAGUAGCAGAAGGGAAACCAUAAAGGCAGCUGAAGAGAAAAAGAAGAGACAAGAGGAUGAAAAACGCAAAAAGGAGGAUGAGAAACGAAAGAAAAAGGAAGAGGAAAAGUUAAAAGCAGAGGAAGAACAAAGGAAGAAAGAAGAGGAAGAAAAGAAGAAACUAGAAGAGGAGGAAAGGAAGAAACAGGAGGAGGAGGAAAAAAGGCAGAGAGAAGAAGCAGCAGCUAAGCAGAGAGAGAUGGAGGAAGCAUAUCAGUUGCAUCAAGAGGCCUGGGAGCGUCAUCAAACAAGAUUAGAACUCCGUAGUAAGAAUCAGAUAGCGCAUGAGAACCGUCCAGAGGAGAGUUUCUUUACCAGGCUGGACUCGAGCCUAAAGAAAAAUACAGCAUUUGUCAAGAAGCUCAGAACUAUUACUGAGCAGCAAAGAGACACACUUUCCAGCGAUUUCAAUAUGCUCAACUUGAGCAAGUAUAUUGCGGAAGCUGUUGCAUCCAUAGUAGAAGCCAAACUGAAAUUAUCUGAUGUGAACUGUGCUGUUCACCUUUGCUGCCUGUUUCACUUGCGAUACGCUGACUUUUCACCAUUGCUCCUACAAGGCUGGAGAAAGCACUUUGAAGCCAGGAAGGAAGAAAAAACUCCAAACAUUAGCAAGCUGAGGACUGACAUGCGCUUCAUUGCAGAACUGACGAUUUGUGGAAUCUUCACUGACAAAGAAGGCUUGUCACUCAUCUAUGAGCAACUGAAGAAUAUCAUUUGUGCCGAUCGUGACACUCAUACUCACGUCUCUGUGAUUAUCAGCUUCUGUCGCCACUGUGGAGAUGAUGUGGCCAGCCUGGUGACCAGGAAGAUGAAGCUUGCCUCUGAGAAAUACAACUUGAGCUUCCCUCCCAGUGAGAUCAUCAGCUGUGAGAAGCAGCAGCCCUUCAUGAACCUGCUGAGGGAGUACUUUACCUCUCUGACCAAACAUCUUAAAAAAGAUCAUCGUGAAUUACAGAAUCUGGAGAGACAGAACAGGCGAAUUUUACACUCAAAAGGAGAACUGAGUGAAGACCGGCACAAGCAGUAUGAGGAAUUUGCUACCUCCUACCAGAAGCUGUUAGCGAACACACACAGCCUGGCUGACUUGUUGGAUGAGAACAUGCCUGAACUUCCCCAGGAUAAAACUGCACAGGAAGAACAUGGCACUGGCAUAGACAUCUUCACACCAGGGAAGCCUGGAGAAUAUGACCUCGAUGGAGGAAUUUGGGAGGAUGAAGAUGCACGCAACUUCUAUGAAAACCUAAUUGACCUGAAAGCAUUUGUACCUGCCAUAUUGUUUAAAGAUAAUGAGAAGAACUCGCAGAACAAAGAUUCGAGUAAAGAAGAUUCAAAAGAUUCCAAAGAUGGAAGAGAGUCCAAGGAUGGGAAAGAAUCCAAAGAGUUGGUUGCUACAGAAGAAUUGGAACUAGAACUAGAGAAUCUGGACAUUAAUGAUGAAAUAUUAGAUGAAGAAGGAACAGAAGAAACAGAAGACCUCAGUCAAAAACUGCUCGAGGAGCAUGAGCAAGAUGAAGAAGAAGCCAGCACUGGUUCUCAUCUGAAACUAAUCGUGGAUGCUUUCCUACAGCAGCUGCCUAACUGUGUCAACCGGGACCUUAUAGACAAGGCUGCAAUGGAUUUCUGCAUGAACAUGAAUACGAAAGCUAAUCGAAGGAAGUUGGUCCGAGCCCUGUUCACUGUGCCUCGGCAGAGGUUGGACUUACUUCCAUUUUAUGCCCGUUUGGUUGGCACUUUAUAUCCAUGUAUGACGGAUGUGGCAGAAGACCUUUGUGCCAUGUUAAAAGGAGACUUCAGAUUUCAUGUCAGGAAGAAGGAUCAGAUCAAUAUUGAAACUAAAAACAAAACUGUACGGUUCAUUGGAGAAUUAACAAAGUUUAAAAUGUUCUUGAAGAACGACUCACUUCAUUGUCUAAAGAUGCUCUUGGCUGAUUUUUCCCACCACCAUAUUGAAAUGGCCUGCACACUCCUGGAGACAACUGGUCGUUUUCUUUUCCGGUCACCUGAUUCCCAUUUGAGGACAAGUGUUCUUUUGGAGCAAAUGAUGCGCAAGAAACAAGCAAUGCAUUUAGAUGCUCGUUAUGUUACAAUGGUGGAAAAUGCAUACUAUUAUUGUAAUCCACCCCCUGUCGAGAAAACAGUGAGGAAGAAGCGUCCUCCCCUUCAAGAAUAUAUCCGCAAACUUCUCUACAAGGACUUGUCCAAGGUCACGACUGAAAAGGUGUUGAGACAGAUGCGGAAAUUGGCAUGGCAUGAUCCAGAGGUGAAGGAAUAUGUUAUUAAUUGCAUGAUCAACAUCUGGAAUGUCAAAUAUAACAGUAUUCACUGUGUUGCUAACCUAUUGGCGGGUUUAGUGCCAUACCAAGAAGAUGUGGGAAUUCACGUUGUGGAUGGAGUGCUGGAAGACAUCCGUCUGGGAAUGGAGGUCAAUCAACCCAAGUUCAACCAGAGGCGUAUUAGCAGUGUUAAGUUCCUUGGGGAAUUGUACAAUUACAGGAUGGUGGAAUCUGCGGUCAUCUUCCGAAUUUUGUAUUCCUUUAUUACAUUUGGUGUAAGCGCUGAUGGCAGUGCGACACCUCUGGAUCCACCAGAGCAUUUAUUCCGUAUUCGACUAGUUUGUACACUGCUGGACACUUGUGGACAGUACUUUGACAGAGGUUCCAGCAAACGGAAGUUGGACUGUUUUCUUGUAUAUUUUCAGCGUUAUAUCUGGUGGAAGAAGAGUUUAGAUGUGUGGACGAAAGAUCAUCCUUUCCCGAUUGAUGUCGACUAUAUGAUUAGUGACAUACUUGAGCUGCUUCGACCAAAGAUGAAAUUCUGUGGCUCCCUUGAAGAGGCCAUAAAACAGGUUCAGGAACUUGAACGCGAGUUCUUGAUUAAACUAGGUCUUGUAAUUGAUGGGAAAGAUUCCAAGUCAGACAAAUUGUCUGGUCUGGGGGAAGGGGAAGAAAAUCAGGAUGAUGAUGACGAUGAGGAGGAGGAAGAGGGUGGAGCAGAAACAGAGGAACAAUCUGGGAAUGAAAGUGAAAUGAAUGAACAUGAAGAAGAGGAUGCUUCUGAGAAUGAAGAUGAUGAUGAAGAGGAGGAGGAAAAUACAGAUUACCUGACUGACUCCAAUAAGGAAAAUGAAACUGAUGAGGACAACAACGAGGUGAUGAUCAAGGGCGGAGGCUUAAAGCAUCUUCCUUGUGCAGAAGAUGAAGAAUUCAUUCAAGCAUUGGAUAAAAUGAUGCUCGAAAAUCUGCAGCAGCGAUCUGGCGAGUCUGUCAAAGUGCACCAGUUAGACGUGGCUAUUCCACUGCAACUAAAAAGCCAACUGAAGAAAGGUCCUCCACCCCAAGGAGGAGGAGAAGGCGAUUCUGAAAAUUCAGAAACCAUGCAGUUUGUGAUGCUCACCAGAAGAGGGAACAAACAACAGUUUAAAAUACUGAACGUACCAAUGAAUUCGCAGCUUGCUGCAAAUCACUGGAAUCAGCAACAGGCAGAACAAGAAGAAAGAAUGCGUAUGAAGAAGCUGACACUCGAUAUUAAUGAACGGCAAGAACAGGAAGAUUACCAGGAGAUGUUACAAUCCCUGGCACAGCGCCCAGCUCCAGCAAAUACCAAUCGUGAGCGUCGACCGCGGUAUCAGCAUCCGAAAGGAGCACCAAAUGCUGAUCUCAUCUUCAAGACAGGGGGGAGGCGACGUUGAUGUUAGUGACAGGUGGCACUUUGACUUGCCCUCUGUAUCUCUGAUAUCAAAGGUAUCUGAGUCCUCCCAUCGAGAGCAGUGGACACACCUCACCAUGGCUGUCUAGAGAUCAACACGUGCCUGGUAUGUGCCAGGCCUUGGGCAGACAUUGCAGCCUCCGACAAUAGCGUAAAGUGGCUGGCAGGCUAAACAAAACGAGAAUUGAUAAUGCAUCUACAAGAACACUGCCAAGUGUUAAUUCUUAUACAUCAUUUGGCACCUUUUAGAAUGAGAGUGAAAUUGUGAGGUGGCCUAUGUGUCAGUAAGUAGUAAAACAAAAGAAAAAUCCAUUUAAUUAAGGAUGGGGAUUACUUCUCAAGUCGAAGACAUUUUGGCUUCAUUCAUCAGUAUCUUCUGGUUUCAGAAUUUUUAACUUUGUGCGAAUGUAAACAUAUAAAAAUAUUGAAAUUUGAUAUGAAAUGGCAGAAGUGAAGGAAGACAGUUUUGUUUUUGUUGAAUGGAAAGUGAAUCAUAAAAAGGCAGUAAUCCUUCCAUGAGGGUCAUAUGGGUGGCGCUGAAGGGAGGGAGGGUGAGAGAUGAGGGAAAUGUUUUUCCCAUAAACAAUUUGGUUGGCACUUUCAGUGAAAACUUGGCUGUACUCCUGGAUAAUGGGGCAACGAUAUUGAGCUGAACAUCCCAGAUCCUAUGUGGUUUCUACUUAUGGGUGCUACUUAAAAGUCAGUCAUUGUUUUUUUGCUGUCACUGGUUAGAAGAGGUUUCAGUUUUAUUCAUUAAAAAAAAGUUAGUCCCAGAAUUGCAGAUAUAAAGCCGACCUUACAAUUGCCAUCCAAUAGAACAUGUUGGCCGUGGAAACCAAUAUUAGGGCAAAGGAGCAUCUAAUUCAGUUUUGUUUUUACAUUCAGUUUUUGGAAUUCUUUCAAAAAUUUGUAAACUUAUAAAACCUUUGUUUUAUUUUCCACUCUUUUGGCGACACAGAUGAACACACGAACGUAGACUCGGGUGGGUUUGAAUUUUUUUGCACAAAAAUUGUCAUCUGGUUGUCAGUUCAACUGCAGUUGUGAGCAAACCCAUUUGUUUAAAUGUGUUUAUGAAGGUACAGCUAUAUGCAUCAAACAGAUGUCACUUUAGCAAAUUUAUUUGUAAUAGCACUGUAAUUUCAGUUUAAUGCUUGCCAUUGUUUGUUUCUUCUGUUUGUAGUAUCUGCUUGUAUAAUACUUAGUGGAAGCUAAGUGUAGAAGUAUAUGUUUGGCUUUAAGACACUGCAUGGUCUAAUUCAUGAGUUGCUAAACUUUUGGCUGUUGCCAGUCUUGCAGUAAAAAAGAAAGUUGUUGACCUAAUUAAGUUUCUGCUCAGAGUUUUUGUGCACACAGGCACGCGUGUAUUUUAAAUGCCGCAGAAUGAGGAGGACUAAAAGUAAUGGUGAUGCUGUGUAUAAGGCAUUAAAGUUCAUUUCAUCAAUGUUUUCCAAAAUCAUCCUAGCUUUUGGCUCUUGGAGGCCUCUCUGGUUGCUAUCUGACUUUGAUGGAUUUCUGAAACUAUAUGUGUAACAUUAUCACAUCCAGAAAAGGCAAAUUUGUUAAUAUAUAGAAUGCAGAUUCAAGCUCUUCGCUGCACGAACUGCUUAAGUUCCAAUUUACUGCUUAAGAGCAGAUAAUGUUGGGGGGGGGGGGGGGGGGGAGG